AUGGGUUGCAUUCAAGCACCAGCGCCUCAAGUAGAUAUGAAUCUUCAGCCUGAAAUCCAAGACACUAACCGUCCUCAAAGUGACAAACUCUUCGAGUGCUCCACGUCUGGGUAUAUCUCAGAGUUUUACUCUAUCCAAGAGAGAAUUGAGUCUUGCUCCUUCAGUACCGUUGUAAGAGCUGUUGACCAAGAAGGUUAUGAAAAAGCAAUAAGAAUCAUCAACAAAUCAGUAAUUGACCAUAACAGUAUCAGCAAAUUUAACGACGCUUUAAAGGCUCUACAGGAUCUUGAUCAUAUGAACAUGGUCAAAGUUUUUGCAGUAAUUGAAGACGAAUUUACUGUCAAUAUCGUCACUGAACACUGCACUGGAAAAGACCUUUUUAGCAAGAUCGCUGAUUGUAAUCCGUUCUCUGAAAACCAAGCAGCUGUAAUUAUGUACCAAAUUUUGUCAGCAUUAAUUUCGACCCAUGAGGCUGGCAUUAUUCAUUGGGGCCUCCACCCUGAAAACUUGGUCUUUUUAGAUGAAUCUGAUGAAGCACCACUAAAAAUUACUGAAUUUGGAAUAUAUCAAUGGAUAAAAUCAAUACCAUCGAUAACUGAAAAUAUUGAUGUGUCUUUCUAUACAGCACCAGAAGUCAUUGAAGGGAAAUUUGACUCUAAAUGCGAUAUCUGGAGCUGUGGAGCAAUGCUUUAUACUAUGCUCAGUGGGGAGCCACCAUUUGCAGGAAAUAAUAAAGAAGAAAUCUUCGCCAGCAUUAAAGAAGCCAGCAUCAAGCUAAAAGGAUCAAGAUGGGGUAAAAUAUCUGAAGAAGCCAAAGAUUUAAUACGAAAAAUGCUUGUGUUAGACCCAGAGCAAAGAAUUGACGCACAAUCUGCAUUUGAUGAUCCUUGGAUCCAAGAGCGAGCUAAUGGCAAUAUAGACGACAACGAAAUCAGCUCACGAGUAGUCAGAAAGCUCGUCGAAUUCAAGGUAUUUUUUAUAUAGGCUAAAAACAAGCUUCAAGAAGCUACCAUGGCAUUUAUAGCAAGCUACUUACUGCCAUCCCAAGACUUGGCAGACCUUAAAAAAGCUUUUGAAUCUUUAGAUGUAAAUCAUGAUGGAAAACUUACUCCCCCCCCCCCUCCGUGAGCGAACAAAACCAUUAGAAAAAUCGCCAUUUUUUGACCAAAAACCCACCCUCCGUGAGUGAACAAAAAAUUUUUUUAAUAGAAAAAAUUUUAAUGGAAAAAAAAUUUUGAUAUAUAAGUGAUAAUUAGUAUAAUGAAAUCUAGAGCUAAUUCUGUUUAAUUUUAAACAAAUUGCGUUUUAAAACAUAAAUUUUGCAAAUUAAAUUAAUAUUUGCUUCCCAAUUUUUGCAAAUUAGGAUUUUUUUAAAUUUCGAAAAAAAUAUUUUUUAUAAAAUUUAUAUAUAAAUUUUUUUUAAAAAAAAAAAUUAACCCCCCUCCGUGAGCGAACAAAAUUUUUUUUGUUCGCUCACGGAGGGGGGGGGGGGAGUUAGCAAAGAUGAGCUUAGACGAGGCUUUGAAAAAUUCCCUAAUUUGGCUGGAAUCCAUAUAGAAGAAGUCUUCAAAAACUGUGACACAGAUUCAAAUGGAUUCGUAAGUUACCAAGAAUUUAUUAACUCAACCCUUAACUGGCAAAAAGAAUUAACACAAGAGAGGCUUGAAGCAGCAUUUAAAGCAAUUGAUAAAGAUAACAGUGGGACUUUAACGGCAGAUGAAGUCAAAGCAUUUAUAGGGCAGGGAGCUGGAGAAAAUGAAUGGCAAAAUAUUCUGAAAGAAGCUGAUAAGAAUGGAGAUGGAGUUUUGGAUCUUGACGAGUUUAAAGCAGCUAUGAUUAGAAUAAUGUCCUAAUUCUCUAGAAAAUGACAGUGAUUUUUUGGAUAUAGCAUUAAUUAUCUUUUGCCUUAUGCCAAAAUUAAAAAAAAAAUAAAUGGCUAGGGUAA